GAAAGGGCGGUGACUGCUGCUGCAUGCGAGCAGAAAUCAGAAGGAAUAUGGUGUACACUAGACUACACUGAGAGUCUUGUCGUUGUAUCUGACUGUCUUUAAUACACUGUUCCGUCGUCGUUGGGAAAAAAGGAAGUAAUCUCACGUUCUGAAUAGCUUUUUAAAGGCGUUGGGCAGGAAAAACAUGGGAAAUUGCCACACGGUAGGACCAAACGAAGCCUUGGUGGUUUCAGGUGGCUGCUGUGGCUCUGAUGAGAAGAGCUAUACAGUGGGCGGCUGGGCCUGGGCAUGGUGGCUUAUCACCGACAUACAGAAGAUAACCCUUGAGAUUAUGACCCUGCAACCCAAGUGUGAGGAUGUAGAGACAGCGGAGGGGGUAGCUAUUACUGUCACAGGUGUGGCACAGGUGAAGGUCAUGACUGACAAUGAGCUGCUGGGUUAUGCCUGUGAACAGUUCCUGGGCAAGACAGUGGCAGAGAUUAAAAGUGUCAUUCUGCAGACGCUGGAAGGUCACCUGCGCUCUAUUCUGGGGACUCUGACGGUGGAGCAGAUCUACCAGGAUAGGGAUCAGUUUGCCAAGCUGGUGAGGGAGGUGGCGGCACCCGAUGUGGGCAGGAUGGGCAUUGAGAUCCUAAGCUUUACUAUUAAGGAUGUCUAUGAUAAGGUGGACUAUUUGAGCUCCUUGGGGAAAUCCCAGACUGCUGCUGUUCAGAGAGAUGCUGACAUUGGCGUGGCUGAAGCAGAGAGAGAUGCUGGAAUCAGGGAAGCAGAAUGUAAGAAGGAGAUGAUGGAUGUGAAAUUCCAAGCCGAUACAAGAAUGGCAGACUCAAAGAGAGAGCUGGAGAUGCAGAAGGCUGCCUUCAAUCAAGAAGUGAACACAAAGAAAGCUGAGGCGCAAUUGGCCUAUGAGCUUCAGGCAGCCAAGGAGCAGCAGAAGAUCAGACUGGAGGAGAUUGAGAUCGAGGUGGUUCAAAGGAAAAAGCAGAUCACCAUUGAGGAAAAGGAGAUCCUGAGGACAGAAAAAGAGCUGAUCGCCAUCGUGAAGAGACCAGCUGAGGCUGAAGCCUACAAGAUGCAGCAGCUCGCAGAGGCACAGAAGUGA